CCCUCUCUCACUCUUACUCAGAUAUAUAAAUUGUGAGGUUCAGUGAGAUUAAUAUUCGGAUUCAGAUCAAGAUGGAGUAUCGAACUUUGGAGAUCAACGUCAUGUCGGCCAAGGAUCUGAAGCAGGGCAAUCUCUUCACCGAGAUGAGCGUCUACGUCGUCGUUUCGAUCUCCGGCGAUCCCGCCACCAGGCAGAACACCGCGGUGGACAGAGACGGCAACACCAACCCCACCUGGAACUUCCCCAUGAUGUUCACCUUUGACGAGUCCGCCCUCCAACAGAACCGACUCACCCUCGUCUUCAACCUCCUCUGCGACAAGGACGUCGUUGAAGUCCACGUCCCGGUCAAGGAGCUCGCCGACUCCAUCGACACCGGAAAACUCCAGUUUUUCACUUACCCGGUGGUAAAGCCCUCCGCCAAGCUCAAGGGCAAGCUCAGUUUUUCGUACAAGUGGGGCGAGAAAUUCGCCGGAUCGGCGGCCGCUAAGUAUGAUGUACCGUCGACAGCCUAUCCGGGUACUGCGGUGGGGGAUUCAUCGGUAGCUGCUAAGGCGGGGCCGAGCUAUGGAUACCCACCGCCGCCGCCGCCGCCCUACAAUACUGGGGCAUAUCCGCCACCGCCUCCGGGCCACGUGUACCCGCCGCCGACUCCUGGCCACGAGUACCCGCCGCCGCCGCCUCCUGGCCACGUGUACCCGCCGCCGACUCCAGGCUACGUGUACCCGCCGCCGACUCCGGGCUACGUGUACCCGCCACCGACUCAGAGCUAUGUGUACCCGCAGCCGCCUCCGGGCUACGUGUACCUGCCGCGGACUCCGGGCUACGUGUACCCGCCGCCGCCUCCGGGCUACGUGUACCCGCCACCGCCUCCUUAUGGGGGCUAUCCACCGCCUGGGUACGGGUAUGGGUACGCGCCGCAACCGGGAUAUGGGAACCCGGAGCCAGCGCAGCAACCGGCGGCAAAGAAGAAGAGCAAGUUUGGGAUGGCGGUGGGGACUGGGGUGUUGGCAAAUGUGAUUGGUGGGCUGUUGGUGGCCAGUUUUAAUUGACGAAAUGAGAGAAGUGAGAGAGAAGCAAGGGAAACAAAUCUGUAUUGGCGUGCCUCUCUGCUCUUAUUAUCUCCAAUCACAAAAACUGUGUUAGGAUUAAUUAGCAGCGAGUGGGUGGGUGUAAACCUUGGGAUGAACUGUGAACUCAUCAAUAUCUUGGAUUUGAUCUCCCCUAUUGUGCCAUUGUGCCUUGGGUUACUAGUGUGGCUAGGGCUUGUGGCUAGGGCUUCAACUCCAGCAUUUGAUUAAUUUCUGUUUCAAGGACAAUAAAACUCUUAGCUACGUUGACUAAUAGAAUAUGGCGACAAUGGACGAUUUGCUUUAUGCUAUAUUUAUCUUCAUUGCUGACUGCAUUAUCUGGCAUCUAAAUCAAUGAUUCUCCGUGCCAAACUGUCGAUCACUGCACGGAAUAUAAAGCUUUUCUUCCCCCUCUGAUGAGCAAAUGUGUAGUCUUUCAAUUUGUCAGUUGUC